AUGAAAGAAAACAGUAACAAUAACAGUGAAUUUAUAGCUACUAUACAUUAUGUAUUUAAAGAGAAUUCAAAUUUUACGGACAAUAAAGUAGUAGAUUACGACGACGUCUAUAUAAAAAGUUAUAUAGACACUUUUUUAAGCAAUCUUCAGGAUUUAAAGGAAGAAUUCAAUAUUCAUGAAAAUUAUGUUGGUAUAAAUAGGGAGAUUGUCGACUUGCUCUAUAAAGAUAAUGAAAAAUUAUUGAACGAUUUGAAUGAAAAUGAAUUUAAUGUGACUGAAUCUGAUAAGGGUAAUAUUGAUGAGAAUGAGUUUUGGGCAUUUCUAACAGUUCGUGUUGGUAGCAGCUUUUACAAUAGUGGUGGAGAAGUUAUACCGAUUCUUGAAAUCUAUUUCCACCCUGAGUACGAUCCUAAAUCAUUAAAAAAUAAUAUUUGUUUGCUUCGACUUAUCCGACAUUUAAAGUUUAAAACGAGGAUUAGGAAAAUCAAAAAGAUUGACUUCGAUAGAAAUGGACAUAAUCUUGCUUCAAAUACUCCUGGCAUUACUGUAGUCGGAUGGGGGGCAAAAUCGAGAGACGUUGGCGGUCCGGGUAUAUCUGACGGAAAAUUAAUGGGAGUCAUAAGUUUCGGCUCACCAGUGUGUGGUAUGCCUGACGCCCCCACAGUGUUUACCAAGUUAGGCUAUUAUGCAGACUGGAUUGAACAAGUCAUGGAGCAGGAUGUAUCGACUUCAAAGAAAAGGAUACCGCUUAAGCCUAUUCAGGACCGCUACGAACUUUAUAGUUCUAAUAUAUCUUCUAAACCGACAACUUUUAAAAUACCACCGAUAUCUUUCGACACUACGACACCAAUACCAGUACCAAUAUCCAAAGUCGAUAGUCAGCUUAGAAUCAUAGAUGAGAAUGUUUUUAAAGAUUUUCUUAAAAGCAUAUUCAAUAGUAAAGAAAUAGAAGAGUAUAAAGAUAUUCUUAAAGAAAUUGGCAAGAAACCUGAAAAAAUCUACGAUAACCCUAAAAUAGAUGAUGCUACUGAAACUCAUGAGAUUACGACUUUAGAUGAAUUUGAUGAAACUUCGGGGGCAGAAGCUUAUACGAAAAUGGAAGAAUUUUCGUCCGAACAAAUGACUACUAAAAAUAAUGCGUAUUCUAUUAUGAAUAAAAACGUACCAGUAACAGAAAUUUAUGAUAAUGAAAUUGCAAAACUUACGGCUAACGAAGAUUUAGAGAAAAUUGUUGAAGAAGAAAUUGCUGAGCCUGAUAAAGUCUCUUCUGAACAAAAACCUACCAAUGAAAGUAUUUUAACUUUAUUGUAUAUACCAGAUGAACAUAAAAAUGAAAAUGAGAAACUAAGCUCUAUAGAAAAAAAUAACAAAGAAGUUCUUGAUAAUGAAGGAAUGAGCAUUGCAAGUGAUAAUUAUAAUUUUGACGAUUUGACUAAGACUAAAGAUAGUGACAAUGUUUUACCGGAGACCGAAUUAUAUGAAUUGUUAUCUGAAGUAAUUGGUGAAGAAUGUAGGGUGGUGCGACUAAAUUUUAAGAUAUGGCUAAUUUUCUCCUACGUCGUGCACUGU